UCUUAGUCUCUCUUCCUUCUCCGACCAUUAUGCCCCUUGUUCCCUGUGGCCAACACCUCUUCUGUCUGGGCUCCUCGAGUGGGUCGCUCCCCAUCUAGGCGAAGAUGUCAGCCCAGGAGAGUUGCCUCAGUCUUAUCAAGUACUUCCUCUUCGUUUUCAACCUCUUCUUCUUUGUACUAGGCGGCCUGAUUUUCUGCUUUGGCACCUGGAUCCUCAUUGACAAGACCAGCUUCGUGUCCUUUGUGGGCCUAUCCUUCGUACCACUGCAGACCUGGUCCAAGGUCCUGGCUGUCUCGGGUGUCCUCACCAUGGCCAUGGCCCUCCUGGGUUGUGUGGGGGCUCUGAAGGAGCUGCGCUGUCUUCUGGGCCUGUACUUCGGGAUGCUGCUGCUCCUGUUUGCCACACAGAUCACCCUGGGGAUCCUCAUCUCCACUCAGCGGAUCCGGCUGGAGCGAAGGGUACAAGAGCUGGUGUUGCAGACCAUCCACAGCUACCGCACGAACCCGGAUGAGACUGCGGCUGAAGAGAGCUGGGACUACGCGCAGUUCCAGCUGCGCUGCUGCGGCUGGCACUCUCCGCGGGAUUGGAUGAGCGCCCGCAUGCUGAGAGGGAACGAUUCUGAUGAGCCCUUCGUGCCCUGCUCCUGCUACAACUCCACGGCGACCAAUGACUCCUCGGGCUUUGAUAAGCUCUUCUUCUCCCAGAUUAGCCGGCUGGGGCCGCGGGCGAAACUGAGGCAGACCGCUGACCUAUGCGCACUCCCCGCAAAAGCCCACAUCUACCGCGAGGGCUGCGCGCAGAGCCUCCGGAAGUGGCUGCACAACAAUCUCAUCUCCAUAGUGGGAAUCUGUCUAGGAGUCGGUCUGCUUGAGGUGAGCGGGAUGGCGCUGUGUCUGCAGCUACAUCGUAGAGCUUUCAGCCGAGAGCCGGUGCUGCCGCUGUCGGGAGCCGAGGGUUCGAGCCCUAUUCCCGGGCCAAGCGCUGAGGGCAGCGGCGGGCGCUGGGGCGGGCUUAGCAGCAGCAGCAGCGGACGCAGCAGCACCCCAUGGGGCACCAGGGGCAUGGCGGGUGCCUGCCCCACGUGGGGGGACAAGGCUCCACAAGGCAAGCUACCCAUGGCUCUGGGGCCCUGGCCGUUGUGGGAUGCAGACGAGGAGCCGCCCGAGACGGAGAGCUCGGGCGCUGAGGUGGAGGUCGGGGCACACGCGGAGACGGCCGAGUCUCCGGAAUAAAGUCCCGUGGGCCUGCC